AUGCCAAAACACUUACCGACAUUCAAACACCUGUUACAUUCUUCGCAACCUCAACAACAACAACGACAGAGAGAGAAUCAAGAUAAAUCAACUAAAUCAGUCAAUGAUCUAUUAUUAUCAUCUAGGAUAUCAAGACCUAUAAUCAGAGAUUUACCACCUCACUAUCAUUCAUCCAACGAACGAAUAUGGGUGCCGUCUAUAUCAGCAAGUGCGACUGGCUACUAUGAUCCAGGUCCUGGCUUUGCAUCAGGUUCAGGAUCAGGAUCAGGUCCAGGUUCAGCUUCUGGAUCAGGAUCGGGGUCGGGGUCGGGGUCGGGGUCGGGAUUAGGUGGAUUGAUGGAAAGUCAAUUAGGUGAUAUUGAUAUUCAUCCUACGGAGAUAUUACGUAGAUCAAAUCAAGCUCAUAGGAUCGCUCAAAGAUCAGUUGCCGGACCUGCUCCUCCCCCUUCAUGGUAUUCCCCUUCUUCAUCAGCUUCAUCGAAUCAGCAAUCUCCUUCUUCUUCUUCUUCGUUAGGAUCCGCUAAGAAUAGAUCAGGUCAGGAUAUAACUUCUGCACAAUUGGAUUUAUCGACGACUCUAUUCACUCCUCAGCAUCGCGAAGAAAAUGAACGGAGAGACAAUUUAGUGGAACACUGCUUCAAGACCGUUCUGAAAUAUCUAGACAAUGAGGAGAUCAUAUAUACUCCUGAAGUCAGUGUGGAAGGGGAAGAUGGGAUAUCCGCAUCUACGGUGAGACAAGUAGAAGAAGACGGAGUGUAUACGAUGGGUAGAUUAUUACGUGAACAAAUACCUUUUUUAUCAAUUCAACUAAAAUCAUCUUUAUUAGAAACGGCUUCACGAAUACCUUCUUCAUCUAAUUUAUCAAGAUUAUCAGAUCGUUCAAUAUUAGCCAUCUUAUCUGAUCCUCCUCGUCUUGAUCUUGAUCCAGAACCGGAUCCUAAUCCUGAUAUAGAUCCAGAUAUAACAGAGGAAAAAUCAAAUGAUAAUGAUUGGGACACUGACACUAUCCCUCAAUUGACAGAAACCACUUUAACGUAUCUGUCGUUGACUAUACAUCCGUCACCACAUGCUAUAUUACCAAAAUUACCAAUGUUGAAUUCCAUUGUAUCGCUCAAUCUGGCUUAUUCGACUAUACCAUCAGAUAUGGACAAAUUGACAGCUGUCUUACCUCCUGGAUUAAGAGAAUUAGGUCUGGUAGGAAUCAGAUUCAUCGGGACUGGGAAAGGCGUCAUUUCAAAUCUCAACAACUAUGAGGAACAACUGAAAAGAGGGUUCGGGGUUUUAGCUAGAAAAUUGAUUGUUCUAAAGAUGAUCGACCUUUCAUUUCCUCGAUUCAACCUUACACCGAAAAUGAUAGAAGGUUUACUGUCUCCUUCCCAGAAGAAAUUACCUUCUUUGAGGAAAAUCGGUCUGCGAGGAUAUCUCACCAGUAACUCUCAGGUCGGAAACGAUGACGUUCAGGUAAUUUCAGAUGGAUGUAAAGAAGCGAAAGAAGUUCAAGAAAGUAUCGAAAGGAGGAAGAAAGAAGUAACGGAUUUGGUUAAAGGUGGAGGAAGAUCUAAAUAUGUUGAAAUCGUUUGGUAG